AUGGAAGAAAAGAGGGCGGGACGAGGGUUAGACGGACGGGUGUCGCAGCCAGUCAGCGGGGGUAGAGCGUGGGGCUUCCGGUUCCGGCGCCGCACGGCUCUUGGGUGGCGCGCCGCGAUGCCCCUGCACAAGGUCCCGGUCCACCUGUGGAAGCAGCUCCUGCUGCGCGAGGGCUUGUGCUCCCGCCUGCCCAGCCACUACCUACGCUCCCUGGAGGAGGCGCGGACGCCCACGCCCGUGCACUACAGGCCGCACGGGGCCAAGUUCAAGAUCAGCCCCAAGAACGGGCAGCGGGAGCGCGUGGAGGACGUGCCCAUUCCCAUUUACCAUCCCCCGGAGUCCCAGCUGGGGCUGUGGGGCGGCGAAGGCUGGAUCCUGGGCCACAGAUACACCAACAAUGACAAGCUGUCCAAGAGGGUGAAGAAGGUGUGGAAGCCACAGCUGUUUCAGCGUGAGCUCCACAGUGAAAUCCUGGAUGCAACCUUCAGUGUGACUGUGACCAUGAGGACCCUGGAUCUCAUUGAUGAGGCCUAUGGGUUUGACUUCUACAUCCUCAAGACCCCAAAGGAAGACCUGUGCUCCAAGUUCGGGAUGGACCUGAAGCGAGGUAUGCUCCUGCGGCUUGCCCGACGGGACCCAGAGCUGCACCCGGGCGACCCUGAGAGGAGGGCAGCCAUCUAUGACAAGUACAAGGAGUUUGUUAUCCCAGAGGCAGAGGCUGAGUGGGUUGGCCUGACACUGGACGAGGCUGUGGAGAAGCAGCGGCUUCUGGAGGAGAAGGACCCUGUUCCUCUGUUCAAGGUCUACGUGGAGGAGCUGAUCACGCAGCUUCAGCAGCAGGCGCUGUCUGAGCCAGCGGUGGUGCAGAAGAGCCAGCGGGAAUUGGCCACACAGUGACCUGCUCCUGACAGCCAGACUCAGCUCCCCUUCAGCUCUGUGGGCACAGAGCCUGGCGUGGUGGCGAGGGCACCCCUCUUCCUGUGUGUGCCCCUGGGUGGAGUGGGCUUUGUGGAGCCCCUGAUGACCCCCAGAGGCCUGAGGGAGCUCUCUCCCCACCCAGGCAAAGGCCCAGCGAGGCAGGGCCACCGUACUUGGUGGGGGCAGUGCAAGUAAAGUCUGAGCCAGACUGUGUGUGUGCUUCCCUGCUUGGAGGACCGGGGCUCUCCUCAGCCUCUGACCCCCUGACUCCCGCCCCAGAGCCCCAGGAUGUGGUGCGGUGGGCGGUGGUCCCGGCUCAGCUGGGAGCCAGGGUUCUGUUGUGCUGUUCUCGCCUCUGGGACAGAGCCCAGCAUGGCUGAAGGCGCCCGCGAUAGAGCAAGAGGCGCUUGCCCCCUCCCUGUCGCAUGUCCCUGCCUGCGUGCAUGUGUUCUCCACAGCAGGCAGGGAAGCAGUGGCCUGGCUUUGGGGGUGACAGGGAUGUACCCCCACCAGCUCCGGAAGGCUGUGCUGGUGGCAGCAUCUGUGGGGAAAGCCUUGAAUUGGGAGCUUUGGUCAGUACCGCCCUGUCUGUCACAGAGAGUGGGCAGUGUAGCCUGUGGGUGUGGCUGUGCCUUCCUUGGCUGACCCAUACUUGAUGCCAGGUAGGGAUAUGGCUCCCAGUGAGAGGCUGGGCCAGGUACCCUGAGGCUUCUCCUACUCUGUGAUUUGGGGGUGCCUUGACCUGACCCUUAACCUGGAAGUACUGAGCUUUGAGACCAUAUCAGGCCUUUUUGGGGUGUCCAGGAGGGUUCCCCUGACUUGGUCCUGGUAACUGACCGAGGGGCACCAGGCUUCCUUGAGGGAUGGUGUCAGUGGGGAUACCUGGGCUUGUUCGUGGGGAUGCAGCUGUAGGGGCACAGUCAUGGGAGGGCCCCAACACCCCAUGGCUCAUGAGGUGGCUAUGGAGGGUUGGGGCCUGCCCUGGAGGGAGUGAUGCUGAGGUGUCUGUUUACAGCUGGGAAACCCUGUCACCAGUCCCAAACUCCUUUGGGAGCACCUCUGGACCCCACGUGUCUUGAUGCUCUGAAGACAAGUGUAUCCCCACACAAUGUCCCAACUUUGUGAAGAGUUUUUCAUUAAAAAAAUUUUUACCGAAA